AUGGACGACUUCAUCGACGACGGGGAGGGCGAGGGCGCGGGGCGGCGGCGGCGGCGCCGCGCGGCGGGCAGCGGCGGCGGCGGUUUUGCCAGCCAGGCUAUGGCUGAGGCGGCGCGCAUCUUUGGCGACGCCACGGACCUGCACGACCUGGUGGCCAGCCGCCGCGCCCUGGCCGCGUCACAGGGCGGUGCUGACGCGGGCGGUGACGAGGGUGUGGAUGAGGAGGAGGAGGAGGGGCUGGAGGAGGGAGACGAGGAAGAUGAGGAGGCGGCGGCAGACGCCAGGGAGCGGCGCGCAGCGCUGGCGCGCGAGCGGCAGCAGCAGCGGCUGCUGGACGCGGCCGACCCCGAGUACGCGGCGGCGCACUACCUCUCAGCAGAGGACGAGGCCAUCCGUGCGGCCGACCGUCCCGAGCGCCUGCAGCUGGCCCUGCGCAAGAACAUGGCCGCGCUCGCGGCCAUGUCUGAGGCUGACUUCAGCAGCCUGAUGGAGAACAUGGCAAAGUGCGGCCCGCAUUGCAUCUAA